CUCUUUGACAGCUCGCGUCUCUUCUUUGCUAAGUCUAACCAAAAACAAACAUUUAUUUCCCUCCCACCAUAACUCCAAUUGGCUAUCACGAAAACACCAAGCACACCCGCUUUUUAUGGUUGGUUUAGAAAUACUCAUAUCCCAAUAUCUCGCUGUUGAUUGUCUCAUGGCGAUGUCACUACACUAGAGUGACAGGAUUUGCUACCUUCACUGAGGUACCGACGGGUCACAGAAUCUGAGAGAACACCUGAUAGGCGAGUGUAACCCAGUAGAAUCCACAUCGGAGCUUUCUGCAGAAUCUACUUGCCAUUCUGGGGGAGAGAGAGGAAAAGAUAGAAGGAGAAAAAUACACCUUAAAGUUCCCUUUCAGACUCCAUUAAAAAACGGAUGAGUUCCGGUGUUGGCUAUAUACUUACCUCAUUUGAUUGAGGUGAAAUCUGGUGCACUAUUAAGCCUGAUUGCUGCUGACAGAGAUAUAUCUGUUUGACAGGAACAACAGAUAUCACUGGUGAAAUGGUGCAGAGACAACGAAAUUCACAGCUGGACUUUCAUCCCCCCAGAGAGGAUCCUGGAGCUUCUUCUAUUCACUUCUAAGAGCUGGACAUAAAGUUGUAAAGGACAUGGCUGUGUUUGACACUCCGUACCAAAGGCUAGAGGCAUCUUACACUGAUUCUCCUCUGGGGGAAGAAGAUCUCCUGGUUCAUGUCCCAGAGGGCAGUAAAUCUCCUUGGCAUCAUAUUGAGAAUCUUGAUCUCUUCUUCUCACGAGUUUAUAACUUGCACCAGAAGAAUGGCUUUACCUGCAUGCUGAUGGGAGAACUCUUUGAGUUACUGCAAUUUAUAUUUGUUGUCAGCUUCACCACUUUCCUUGUGAGUUGUGUGGAUUAUGACAUCCUGUUUGCCAAUAAGAUGGUAAGCCCUAGUCAGGGUGAACAUGUCAAAGUGACGUUGCCUGAUGCCUUCCUUCCCCCUGCAGUCUGCAGAGACAGAAUACAAGGAAAUGGAUUUCUCACCACUCUUCUGGUCAUCGCUGGUGUUUUUUGGAUUCAUAGACUCAUAAAAUUUGUGUACAACCUUUGCUGUUAUUGGGAGAUCUACAACUUCUACAUUCAUGCUCUACGCAUUCCCAUGUCAGAUCUUCCAUAUUACACCUGGGAGGAAGUCCAGAGCCGCAUUGUCCAGAUCCAGAAGGAGCACCAGAUCUGUAUCCAUAAGAAGGAACUUUCCGAGUUAGAUGUCUCUCACCGAAUUCUGCGUUUUAAAAAUUACAUGGUGGCCAUGGUGAACAAGAACCUGCUACCUCUGCAGCAUAAACUCCCACUGCUGGGUAACACUGUAUUUUAUACACGUGGUCUCAAGUACAACUUCCAACUUAUAUUCUUCUGGGGCCCUGGAUGCCUUUUCCAAAAUGAGUGGAGCCUUAAGACUGAGUACAAGCGAGCAGGAGCACGUCUGGAGCUGGCUGAGAAACUUUCUCAACGUAUUCUGUGGAUUGGAUUAGCAAAUUUACUGCUUUGCCCCUUGGUCCUAGUCUGGCAAAUUCUUUAUGCCUUCUUCAGUUACACUGAGGUUCUCAGAAGAGAGCCUGGCAGCCUAGGCGCACGGUGCUGGUCACUGUAUGGUCGCUGCUAUUUGCGCCAUUUCAAUGAACUGGAUCAUCAACUACAGGCGAGGCUGAGCAGAUCUUACAAGCCAGCUAGCAAGUAUAUGAACUGCUUCUUAUCCCCAUUGCUUGCAGUCGCUGCAAAACACUUGGGCUUCUUGGCAGGCUCCAUACUGGCUGUGCUCAUAGCACUCACAGUCUACGAUGAAGAUGUGUUGGCAGUAGAACACGUGCUAAGCACUGUCACGCUGCUAGGAAUUGUAGUAACCAUCUGCAGGUCCUUCAUUCCUGACCAACACUUGGUGUUCUGUCCAGAGCAGCUUAUGAAGGUGAUUCUGGCACAUAUUCAUUAUAUGCCGGACCACUGGCAGCGCAAUGCUCACCGUUCAGAGACACGAGGAGAGUUUGCACAGCUCUUUCAGUAUAAGGCGGUAUUUAUCUUAGAAGAACUCCUUAGUCCACUCCUAACACCUCUUGUUCUGAUUUUCCGUCUGCGCCCCAAGUCAUUGGAGAUCAUUGACUUUUUCCGAAACUUCACAGUGGAGGUAGUGGGAGUCGGAGACACAUGUUCUUUUGCACAAAUGGAUGUUCGUCAGCACGGUCAUCCUGCGUGGAUGUCUGCAGGGAAGACAGAGGCAUCUGUUUAUCAGCAAGCAGAGGAUGGAAAAACCGAGCUCUCUCUAAUGCAUUUUGCAAUCACUAACCCUCGCUGGCAACCCCCACGCGAGUGCUCGGCUUUCCUGAGCCAACUGAGAGAGCGAGUACAGCGAGAUAGCACUGGAUCCACAUCUAAAAAAGCAGGACUUACCCAUCUACUGCACUGCUCUGGCCUUUCCAUACAAUCAGAUACCGAGCCCCACAGUUUGAUGGCAAACAUGUUCUCAGAGAUAUCACCUAUGGGUCUCCCAUCUCAGUCUAAUGUUCCUUGUUCUGCUCAUGUCUCUGCUGCAUCUGAGGUCGCCUCUGCCUUGCGCUCCUUGUCACCACUACAGUCUUGUAACCUAGCACAGAGUGGAGCAGGUGCAGAGUACAGGACUAAUAGCUUUAGCAGCAGUGUCUGGGAGGGGCCCAUGAAUAGCGGUACCCUGUCUGAGUAUGCAUCAACUGAGAUGAGCCUGCAUGCACUGUACAUGCACGAACUGCAUCAACAACAUGCGCGUGUGGCAUCUGGACGACACAUUUGGCAUCGGCAGGAAAGUGAUGACAGUGGCGAGAGUGUGCAUGGUGAUGCCAUUGUAAACACUACAUCCAACAUACCAACGUCUACCAGCUGCCCAUCCCCUGCUUCCCUACUACAUGAGGGCGGGCUUUCCCCACACAGAUUCAGUGCCAGUACAGAUCUUGGAUCCAUGCAAAGAUCAGCAUCCUGCCUUGCUCGACAACCAAUGGGAGGGUGGAGUGAGGAUGCGCCAUCUACCAGACUCCCAGAAACAGUGCCAGAGGAAGGAUCUGAAGAUGAGCUCCCACCCCAAGUUCAGAAGGUGUAAAAGCAGCCAACUUUUUUACAGAAGAGUGUGUCACAAAGUCACUAAAAACCACCUCAUGACAAACUGGAAAGAAAAGUAGAGAAACCUGAUGUGUGCAUCCUUUUAGUAUAUGGUCAUCUCAAUUCCUUCCAUGAAUGUGUAUGUUAUGUUUAUAUAUAAAUAUAUAUUUAUACAUGUAUAUCUGAGUGUCUUAAAUUUUUGCUUGAAUACUGAUGUGGUUUUAUACUUGGCAGCCAGAUAUAAAAAGAAUAAAAAAUAGAUUUCCAGAAUGUCCAAAGUGAGAUUUGUGACAAGGAUAUACGUAGCACUGAGAUACAUAUCCAAGUAUCACUUAUGACGUGAUCUGAAUCUGUUCUUCAUAAGCACUGAACGUUUAUGUAGGAGUGAAUUCCUAAACUUUAUAGCACCAAGAAAUGCAGGCAUGCAUCCCAUAUGUUCCUUAUGUUAACCUAUCAGUGAGAAUAUCAGUGAGAAUAAAACAAAUUAUGUUAGACAGAAAAAGGUGUCUUAUUAUAAACUACUGUGCAAAGCAUUUAAAUGAACAUUGUACUAUUGUUUUCUUUCUUCCAUUUAAACAAAGGCAUUGUUAAAUGUUUUAGAAUUUUUGUUUUUGGAAAAAUGGGUGUUCCUAUUCUUAAUAAAUAUUUUUUUUCUUGUUGGGCAUGUGGAGUAUAAUUCUCCUCCACCAAUAGACCAAUAGGGACAGUGAGCAUUAACACAGCAGAAGCAUUUGUGCACAAACGUGUAUUUCCUUCUAGUUUAAAUUUUUAAACUUUUUUUUUUAUGCAAAAUGUAUACAUUUGUGAGUACAAUGUCCCUUUAAGGCUUGCAGAGUUGGUGCGGGUGAAUAAAAAGCACUGCUAACCUGAGUGUUUGUGGAAGGAUGUCCUGUCUGCUGAAUUUCUCUGUGGUUAUCUAUGUACCUCUGACAUCUGUUUAAGAAGGGAUAUUGCUUCUUGCAAGGUUUUGUAUAAAAAUGUAUAGUGCAUAUUUUGUACAGUUGUGUAAUUAUGAAUAAAAAACAACUUGUCUGUAA